UCCUCCCGGUCUCCGUCUCCUCCCGCUCCUCCCUCCUCAGCAGCGCACCUCGGAUGCAGAGUGUCCGGCAGCAGAGCAGCUCUGAGCGGACACAUCUCCAGCAAAGCCGCCGCCGCCGCAGAACCCAAACCCAAACGAUGCGAUUCUUACAGAAACCUCAGAGACAAACCUUCAUCUGACAACUUCCGCCCCUCUCCCUGCACCUUUCCUGAGCCGCUCCUCGCUGUCAAGUGCCCGUUUCCAAUCAUCUGGGACCAUCUGGUCCACUUCAUUAGCUCAUCAGUUCAUCAGGACCAUGAUGCUCAGCAGCUCUGUAGAGGUUCCCAGCCCGGGCGGGAUGAGUGCUCUGAGCGGACUGAGCGCCGCCGCCGCUCGGAACGUGGUGCGCUCCUCCAGCAUCUCAGGGGCCAUGUACAGCCUGGAGAAGAGUCCCAGCAGCGGCGGUCCAGAUUCAGUGGCCGGGAACAAGAAGCGGCGCUCCAGUCUGGGUGCCAAGAUGGUGGCCAUUGUGGGGUUGUCGCAGUGGAGCAGAAGCACACAGCAGCUCAACCAGCAAGAUGGUGGAACAAAGAAACUCCGCAGCACCAUCCGAAGGAGUACAGAGACCGGCAUCGCCGUGGAGAUGAGGAACCGGGUGACGCGGCAGGGCAGCAAGGACUCCACUGAUGGCAGCACCAACUCAAACAGCUCAGAUGGAACUUUUGUCUUCCCUACCACACGCCUGGGCCCUGAGAGCCAGUUUAGUGAUUUCCUGGAUGGACUCGGCCCUGCUCAGAUUGUCGGCAGGCAGACACUAGCUACCCCCUCUAUGGGGGACGUUCAUGUCGCCAUGGUUGACCGAGGAGGGCAGCUGGAGGUGGAAGUCAGUCAGGCCAGAGGACUCACCCCAAAACCGGGCACCAGAAACAUACCAGCAACCUAUGUAAAGGUGUAUGUGUUGGAGAACGGAGUAUGUUUGGCCAAGAAGAAAACCAAAGUAGUGAAGAAAACACUGGACCCUACCUACCAGCAGGCUUUGUUGUUCGAUGAAAGUCCUCAGGGCAAAGUCCUACAGGUAAUCGUAUGGGGGGAUUACGGGCGAAUGGACCACAAGUGCUUCAUGGGAAUGGCCCAGAUCCUUCUGGAGGACUUGGACCUGUCUGCCACAGUCAGCGGCUGGUACAAGCUGUUCCCUACCUCUUCUCUGGCAGACCCCAGCAUCGGACCCCUCACCAGACGCCUCUCCCAGUCCUCUCUGGAGAGUGCCACCAGCCCCUCGUGCACUUAGACACACCCAAACACCCCGACACGCUGUAUAUAUACACACGCAGACGUCUAGGUACACCCAUGCAACAGCACAGGAACCCUCCAUAGAAACACAACUUUUUUUGGACCCUUUUUUCUCAGACCUUCACAAAAUAACACAAUUGACACACUUGAUGUAGCACUUUCUCACACUUCAGCGUCUCACACCAGGACUCGUCAGAUGCCAGCCUGCGUUCCAACUUCCCACGUGGCCCGACUCAUCCAGGGUCGUCCCGGCGCCGGUUCCUAAACUCUCAAUGCCAAACUACCAAGAAAAACUUUAUUUUUUAAAACCAAAGCAAUUGUUAUUGUUGUUCUUAUUCCUCUAGAUGGUUGGUGAACUUGCAAUUCAAUAGAAAUCAUUGAAAUGUAGCAGAGUCCAUGACUUAGAUGUAAUGCAAAAAAAAAAAA